GCGUCUGAACCAGGAAGUGAUUGCUGGUGGCCAGAUAUCAUUAGCUAACUUUAGCAGCACAGAAGCUACAAAGUCUUCAUCCCGUGAAGUCUUUAAUGUAAAUUCCCAGUAACAAUUUACAUACUUUUUUGAAUAUAUUCAGUUUGACAUUUCGUUAGCUAACGAGUUGACGAAGUUUAUAAUCACGUGUCAAAUCAGAAUGUCAUACUUUGAAGGAGCCGAUGGGUCAUGAUGCACAUACAGUUAUUAUGCACAGGGGAUGGACAAUAAAUUGAAUUCAGCCGAGGAGCGGCAACCCGCCCCGACUCUGGCUAACUCAUGGUCAACUAAACAGGAUGCAGUCUCGAGCAAGAAUGACAGGACGAAAGCCGUUGGUUUUGUACUGGUGCAUGCAGGGGCAGGAUAUCACUCGGAAUCAAAAGCCAAGGAAUACAAACAUGUCUGUAAGAGAGCUUGCCAGAGGGCGGUGGACAGGCUCAAGGCUGGGGCCCUGGCUGUAGAGGCUGUGGCUGCAGCCCUGGUGGAGCUGGAGUCUCUGACACAGUCCUGUCCUUCCCAGGACUCCCCCUUCACCAACGCUGGAAUGGGCUCCAACCUAAACCUGAAGGGGGAGAUCGAGUGCGACGCCAGCAUCAUGGAUGGGAAAUCGUUACAUUAUGGAGCUGUAGGUGCCAUUAGUGGAAUAAAAAACCCAGUAUUGGUGGCUAACAGACUGCUGAGUGAAGCACAGAAAGGGAAGCUGUCAGCAGGUCGAAUACCUCCCUGCUUCUUAGUAGGCAGAGGAGCGCAUGACUGGGCGGUGAGUCAUGGGAUCCCACCAUGCCCCUCAGACAAGAUGGCCACCAAGUUCAGUUUAUCAGCGUACAAGAGGAACAAACACAAGAUGGAGCUUGCAGAGAAGAUGGACUCUGGGUUCAAACAGACCAAGAGAAGACGACAAUCAAGUGAAAAUGAGGAGGUGUCGGGCUGCCUGGACACGGUCGGGGCCAUCGUGGUGGACCAGGAGGGAAACGUGGCGGCGGCUGUCUCCAGUGGGGGCCUGGCGAUGAAGCACUCAGGCAGGGUCGGCCAGGCUGCUCAUUAUGGAUGUGGUUGCUGGGCUGAGAAUGCCUGUAAUGUCAAUCCUUACUCUACAGCAGUGAGUACCUCAGGGUGUGGGGAGCAUCUGAUCCGCACCAUGCUGGCUCGGGAGUGUUCCUCUGCCAUGCAGGCUGAUGAUGCCCACCAAGCACUGCUGGAGGCCAUGCAGAACAAGUUCAUCAGUUCUCCUUUCCUGGCCAACGAAGACUGUGUCCUGGGCGGGGUCAUCGUGCUCAGGGGCUGCAGAUGUGUUGAAGCCCAGCCGUCUCAAGACAUCCAGGCCAUACUGGUGGAGUUCCUGUGGAGCCAUACGACAGAGAGCAUGUGUAUAGGGUACAUGUCUGCUCAGGAUGGGAAGGCCAAGACCCACAUCUCCAGACUGCCUCCAGGCGCUGUGGCAGGCCAGUCCCUGGCCAUCGAGGGGGGAGUGUGUCGCCUGGUGAGCACAGCCGACUGAGCAUCCUGGCCUGUGGUCCGUCUUCAGCAAUACUUCAACCCCAAACCUCUACCACCCAGCCUCGAUCCCCCAGCAGUAAUAAGCUUAGCUGUUUUGAACAGGCCCAGCUACACUCGCUCUCCAUUCUCACCUGGACUAGACUUGACAUGCCAGAGCUUCUUUCUUUUCUGAUUGUUUUUGCUGUCGUCGUGGCACCGUCCUGCCCGAUGUAAGUAACCUACGACCCAGGAACACAGGGUGGAUAUCAGUUUAUAUAGAGUUAUGUUUUUUGUUUAACCCCUUGGUAGCAACUUCAAACUUAAGUACCUUAAAUGCAAAAAAACAAAAAAAAACAUUUUGUGUCACUUUACAACAUUUUCAAGGGUUUCUGAAAUGCACAUUAAAAAACGCUAGAGUAGAGGAAAGAGGAUGUUUUGAAUAAGUAGGAAUAUGUUCUGCUCGUUGAGUGUGAGAGUUGAAGGCUAUGUAUUGAAGAGCUGUUUAAACGGGGGCUCGUGCACUUUCCAGCAGGCUGUAAUCUGCCUCAGGUCAUGCAUCCUUGGUUCAUCACCCAACCAGACUGUUAGUCACCAUUGGAUAGAGUGCUAUAUAUUUAUAUUGUCACAUCGACAGAGGCCUGUAUUUUGUUGUUAGAGAGAAAUGAUAAUUGAUACAAAAUGAUGUAUGCAUUUGUAAUCCCCCAUGAAAUGGUGGUGCUUUUUGAAGUACUGUAUUUGGAACAAAGGGUCUAAUGGAUACUUUUCUUGGAUUGUACUCUUUUUUUUUUCUCAUUUGCUGUCUUGCUAAACUACUUAUAACAAACAAACAAAAAAGUAUGACGAUAUGAUUCAAUGUUAACAAUAUAUGCAGCUUAUUGUAUCUUUACUUGAAACUACUUCAUGAGAAAUGUCACUAGCUAUUAUUGUUAUCAGGAUAGUGUGUACUCAGCUCUCUGCAUCGCUUAAGAAGCGAAUAUAAACAGACUGUUGCUUCUGC